AUGUCAUUGAAAAAAUUACCGCAAAAUGGUAAAAUAGCAGUUUUGGGAGCUGGUAUAUCAGGCUUAACCUUCACAUACUUUUUAAGUAAAUUACGACCGGAUAUAAAGUUUGACAUAUAUGAAAAAUCACUGAAAGUUGGAGGAUGGAUGUCACUGCCUUCAUUACAUGUAAAGGACUCUGGAGAAUUAAUAAUACUAGAAAAGGGUCCUAGAACUUUAAGAGGGAUUAGAGACGGGUCUUUGUUAAUGAUUGACAUUUUAAGAAAAUUAGGUCUUGAAGAUCAAAUUGAAGUCAUUCAUAAACUGAGUAUAGCUAAUAAAAAAUAUAUUACAGAUUCAACUGGUGAAUUGAUUCAAGUGCCGAAUUCUUUGAAAACAUUUAUUGAAUUUAUGAAGAAUGUUAAAGCAGUUGACUCGAAAUUAUUUUUUGGCAUAUUAAAAGAACCAUUUGUGAAACCAUUGGAACAAGAUGAAUCUGUUGAACAAUUUUUUAAAAGAAGAUUGGGUAGUACCUCCUUAACCGAUAAUGUUGCAAGUGCAAUAAUACAUGGGGUCUACGCUGGAGAUAUUUCCAAACUUAGUAUCAAGAGUACCAUGCCAUUCAUGAAAGAUUUAGAAAACGAAUCUGGAUCAAUAAUUAAACACAUGUUGAAAAGUAUCAAAAAGAAAAAACCAAUUUCAUUAAAGCAUGUGCUAUCGGAUGAAUUAGAAACAUAUGAAACUAAAAUAUCUCCCGAGUCUAAUUUGAGUUCAAUUCAAAGUAAAUUAAAAGAUUAUCCUAUGAUUAAACUUCAUGAUGGGUUACAAACAUUACCAACAGCAUUAGCAUCAUAUUUAUCUCAAAACAAAAACAUAAAAUUUCAUUUCAACUCCCCAAUCAUAGAGUGCGAUCCGAAAAUAGGUCUUGUGAAUGAUGAAGAAUAUGAUCAUAUAAGAAGUACCAUCGACUCAUACAGUUUAGCAAACUCAUUACCUUUAAAUAACCCAUUGAUACCAGAUUUAAAAUCAGUGCAGUACAUAUCCAUAUUUUUAACAAAUAUUUAUUCAAAAAAAUCGAUAUUAAUACCACAUAACAAACCAGGUUUUGGAUUUUUAAGACCAAGACAUCAACAAAUUAAAGAUAAUCCACAAGCUUUAUUAGGAGUAAUAUAUGAUUCUGACAUUGAAAAAAAUGUAGUCAAAUUAUUUGAUUCAACACAAUCCAAUCCUGCUCAAUAUGAAGAGUACAAUAAGAUUACUGUGAUGAUGGGAGGACAUUAUUAUAAUAAUUGGAAUAUACCAUCAAAUAAUGUAAAUUUACAAAUUGUUAAAGAAAUUUUACAAGAUAAAUUAAAAGUUAAUAUAUCUAAAUUCAACAUAAAAAUAGUAGAUUAUGAUCCUACCAAUGAAGAUUUUAAAAUAGAUUCUAUCGGAGAUAACGAUAUAAUUAUAAGUUACAAUUUGAUCGAAAAUUGUAUUCCACAGUAUAACUUAGGGUAUCAAGAAAUAAAGGCAAAUGUUUUUAAUAUUGUUGAUAAGGAAAAUUUUAAGUUAUCAUUCGGUGGAACUGUAUUUGGUGAUGGUAUUGGAGUUCCAGAUUGUGUAAGUAAUGCAUUAAAAGAUGCAACGAAAUUACUGUAA